CUCAUCACACUGAGGACAAAUCCAGAUGCAGCCACACAGAACAGACGAUUUCAGUUCACUCAAAAUCAAAAGAAAGAAGAUUCAAAAACAUCAACAUCAGUCACCAGCGUCAAUCAGGCCAGCACAUCUCGACUAGAAGGACUGCAGUCAGAGAACCACCGCUUAAGAAUGAAAAUUACAGAGCUGGACAAAGACUUGGAAGAGGUCACAAUGCAACUUCAGGACACUCCUGAGAAAACAACAUACAUUAAGCAGAACCACUAUCAGGAUCUUAAUGACAUUCUUAGUAUACGGAACUUCACAGACAGCAAAGAUGGUGAGACAGCCAUUUUGAAAAAUCAUCUUGAUCAAAAUCCACCAGCACAAUGGGGGUCAUCAGACCCUUCCAGAACAAGCAAAGAUCCUAUAGAAGACAUCAACUCUCCAGAGCACAUACAGCGUCGGCUGUCUUUGCAGCUGCCCAUUCUUCAUCACGCCUACUUGCCAUCCAUAGGAGGAGUUGAUGCUAGCUGUGCCAGUCCCUGCGUAAGCCCCAGUGCCAGCCCGCGGCACAGACACGUGCCGCCCUCCUUCCGAGUGAUGGUUUCGGGGCUGUAGGAAAGGGAGAUCAGUGCUUCCUGAACUGCUUUUAAGUACUUAAUGACUGGACUAAACAUCUGACCUAGAACUCUGCUACAAACGUGUAACAUUGGCUCUUACCGCAGAGGAACUACCGCUGAGGCCGUCGUCACGGGAGUGCCCGUGUAACUCGUGUGGGAAGGCAAAGAAGAAGGACACAAGGAGUUUGAUCUGUAGCCUUAUUCAUGGAGUUUUUAUUUCUUCACGUAGAAGUCACUGAAAAACGUUUCUUCCCAAAUUUCUACUAGCAACAAGGAGGCUGGGAAAUACAGAUCUUGCAAAAAAGACGCUAGGAAAACAAAAAAAACAAAAACAAA